GGGUGAGUGGAUGGAUGGAUAGAUGGGGACGGACGGACGGGAGGACGGGUGUCCAGGGGGCGGACAGACAGCCGUGUCCGGGGAUGGACGGACGGGCACGGACGGGCUGGCUCCGUGGCCGGGAGGGUGCCUAGCCGUGGGGGCGGGAGGGCGCGGCGGCAGGGAAGGGGUUAAGCGCCCCCCGCCCCGGGAGCUGUACAUGGACAGUGGGUGCGGCCCCGCCAGCCCCCGCCCCCUGGCCCGGGCGGCUCCGUCCGCUGCGCUGCCAGCCCGGAGCAGGGCGCAGGGAGCCGCGGGGGGACAGGGGCCGGCCGGGGGCUGGGAUGAGCCCGAUCCGGGGCAGGGGGCGCUGAGCCGGGCGCCCAUCCCCGUGGCUUUGGCGCGCGUGGCUGGAUGUGAGGGAGGGGGCGAGGGCUCUGCCGACCCACGCGUGGGGGGACCCCCCCCUCUCCGCCGGGCUCGCGUCCGUCCCCCCGCCCGUCCCCCCACCCCACGAGCGUCCGCGAUGUCCGCCGAGGUGCGACUGAAGCAGCUGGAGGCGCUGGCGCUGGACCGGAGCUUCCUGGGGCUGGAGACGCUGCUGGAUCUUCUGCUCUGCGUCUCCCACGAGCUGGGCGCCUCGCCCCUGGCCCACGAGAAAUACAUCGCGGAGUUCCUGCGCUGGGCCGAGCCAGUGACCGCCCGGAUCAAGGAGCUGCAGCUGCAGAGAGAUGACUUUGAGAUCCUGAAGGUGAUCGGGCGCGGCGCAUUCAGCGAGGUGGCGGUGGUGAAGAUGAAGAGGACGUCGCAGGUGUACGCCAUGAAGAUCAUGAACAAGUGGGACAUGCUGAAGCGGGGCGAGGUGUCCUGUUUCCGCGAGGAGCGGGACGUGCUGGUGAAUGGAGACAAGCGCUGGAUUACCCAGCUGCACUUCGCCUUCCAGGACGAGAACUAUCUGUACCUGGUGAUGGAGUACUACGUGGGGGGUGACCUCCUGACGCUGCUGAGCAAAUUCGGGGACCGCAUCCCCCUGGACAUGGCCCGCUUUUACCUGGCCGAGAUGGUGAUGGCCAUCGACUCCAUCCACCGUCUGGGUUACGUGCACAGAGACAUCAAACCCGACAACAUCCUGCUCGACCGCUGUGGGCACAUCCGCCUGGGGGACUUCGGCUCCUGCCUCAAGCUCCGGGAGGACGGCACGAUCUGCUCGUCGGUGGCAGUGGGGACCCCUGAUUACCUGUCCCCCGAGAUCCUGCAGGCUGUGGAGGACGGGAGCCACUCGUACGGCACCGAGUGCGACUGGUGGUCCCUGGGCGUCUUCGCCUACGAGAUGUUCUUCGGGCACACGCCCUUCUUCGCCGACUCCAUCGUUGAGACCUACGGCAAGAUCAUCCACUUCAAGGAGCACUUUCGCUUCCCGCUCUCGGCACCGGAUGUGCCGGACGACGCCCGGGCCCUGAUCCAAGGGCUGCUCUGCCCCCGGGAGACGCGGCUGGGCCGGAACGGGGUGCGGGACUUCCGGGAGCACCCCUUCUUCGCCGGCGUGGACUGGGAGGGGCUGCGGGCGUUCACCCCGCCCUUCGCCCCCGAGUUCGCCAAUGCCACCGACACCUCCAACUUCGACGUGGUGGACGACUGCCUGACGGACAUGGUGAGCGGGGGCGGGGAGACGCUGUCAGACGUGCUGGAGAGCUCCCCGCUGGGCGUGCACCUGCCCUUCGUGGGCUUCUCCUACACCAGCACCAGCCUCAAACAGAAUGAGCCGGGGGACAGGGGGCGGGAAAUCGCCAUGGAGCUGGAGUGCGACCGGGGCCGCCCCCCGCAGGAGCAGCCCCCCAACCUGCCCCCCGGAGACCUGGCCUGCAAGGCGCCCGACGGGCAGAAGCUGGAUCUCGCCGCCUUCCUGGAGCUGCAGGCGGCCUUCGAGUCGGAGCUGCACACGCGGGAGGGGCUGCGCCAGGAGCUCAGCAUGGUCAAGGUGGCCAACCAGACCUUCGCCAGCCGCCUGCAGGAGGCCGAGAGCCGCAACUUGGAACUGGAAGCUCAAAUCAAGCGAUUGGAGGCACAAAUCGAGGGGAUGAAACCACCCGGGGAGGAAGCUGCUGUGGGGCGGCCCCCCGGCUGCGGUGCCCCCUGGCCGUGCCGCACGGAGCACCCCGCUGAUCAAGGCGGCACCAUGGCAGCGCGACUCUGUGAAUACCCGCUUGUGGUACCUCUGUACCGCCACUUGCUGCUCUUUUCUAGGGUACCUAGGCCCUGCAUCACCAAGGCGGGAUACCUGCUCCUUUGUACCGGCGGCUUUGGGCUGGCGGUGCCCGGCCAGGACCCGGGCGAGCCGUCCUGAGCGAGGCUGGGCGCUCGCCCCACUGCCCCCGCCCGCCAUCCCUGUCACCGCCUGGCCAGCACCGCGGGGGUGCCCGUCAGCCCUCCUCCUCGGGAGGCCUCACACCCCGGGCCCAGCCAGGACCAGAGCUGGGGACGCCUGGAUGACAGCACUCCAGGCCCACGGGCCCCUUCCCACCCGGAGCCAGGCUGUGUGGCUCGGGCCCCUCCCGCCGUCAGGGGACCAUCUCUCCAGUCCCCUCCUGGGCCUGCCCUGGCCCUGGGCUGCUGGCUGGGUGCAUCUGCUCCUGCCUGCCAGCCCUCUGGCCUCCCCAUCGUGGACCCCUGCCAGCUCCCUCUGCAUGGGGCAGGCUGCCUCUGCCCUGCCCGGCCCCAGCUCCACUCCUUCCCACGUAGCCACCCCAUGGCCCCGUUUGGCAGCUGGGGAAACUGAGGCAGAGCGAGAGGAAGAGUGUCACCCAAGGGCACACAGUGAGUCGGGGCAGAACUGACAACUGAACCCAGGAGUCCUGGCUCCCAGCCCCUGUUUCUUUAAACUACUACACCCCACUCCCCUCCCAGAGCUGGGGAUAGAACCCAGGACUCCUGGCUCCCAGCACCCCGCUGCUGUAACCACUACACCCCACUCCCCUCCCGGAGCUGGGGAUAGAACCCAGGAGUCCUGGCUCCCAGCACCCCCACCCCAACCACUAGCCCCCAGGUCGUUCUAAGAGGCAUGUCACUUUGGAACUGGGCCCCAGUCCCUGGGGGGUGAAGUGAUGGUCACGCCACGGGGUGGUGCCAGGCUGGGCAACCCUCUACACCCGCCUCCCAGGAGCCUGGUGUUACCUAGUGCCCCCUGCCCUGGCACCCUGCCUCUCCAAAGGCCCAGCUCCCUUUGCCCCGGUGAUCCUGGGUCCUUGGCACGGGCCUUGUCCCCACCCGCCCCACUCCAUGGGGAAAGGGGCCCAGCGGAGGGGCCGGCUGGGACCUGCAGAGACGCAACCGAGGGAGCCCACAGAUGCCCUUCCCUGCCCGAAGGGAGCCGCAAGGUGGCGACAGCCAGUGGGGGCCUGCUGCCCAGGGUGCCCUGCUCCCUCCACAGUGCCAGCCCCGGGCACCGUUCAGCAGGGCUCCGGGCAGCACCAGGGACCCCCAGCGGGUGCCAGCCCCAGGCACAGGGGUGGCACCGCUGUUAAAGGCUGAAUUUAUGCUGCUAAAAUCACCCAUCACCUGCCGUUCCAUCUUCCGCCAUGGGGGGGCCCCAGUGACUCCCCCCCCCCCGCAACACCCCCAGCUAGUAAUUUAUUUCUAGUGUUGACAUCUCCCCUUCCCUGUUGACCCACACCCAGCCCACCGGCUCCCCCACCCAACCACCCAUCUCCAGUGCACAUCUGGGGCGGAGGCUCUUAGGGGGUGAAGCCCCUUUGCCCGGGGCGGGGAAUCCCGCAGUUUUGCACUUUGACCCGGUUAAUUUAUAGCCACCUGCUGCCCCCCCAUGUAUUUAUUGGCCCUCGGUGCCAGCCGGGCCCGGGGGUCGGAGGCGGGACGAGGGACCCAGCCUGGAGGCUUUGUCUGAACUGUGGAGAGGAAAUAAAAAAGCUGAAUUAGG